AAUUUCAUUAUGGAAUUUUCUUCGAGAGCUGCGGAACUAACGACUCUAUUAGAAAGUAGAAUUUCCAACUUUUACACGAAUUUGAAAGUGGAUGAGAUCGGUCGAGUGGUUUCAGUUGGAGAUGGGAUUGCACGUGUUUAUGGAUUGAAGGAGAUUCAAGCUGGGGAAAUGUCAGAAUUUGCACCUAUUUCUAUUUAUUUAGUGAUCAGUCUGCUAGUUUCUUUGAUCCUACUCGGUCUUUCUUUUCAAUUUGCUUCCAAUAGUUCAACCUAUCCAGAAAAAUUGUCGGCCUACGAAUCUGGUCAAUUACGUUUAUUAGAAGUGGACAAUAGAGUGGUUGUACCAGCCAAAACUCAUCUACGUAUUAUUGUAACAUCUGCUGAUGUACUUAAUAGUUGGGCUGUACCUUCUUUAGGUCUCAAAUGUGAUGCUGUACCAAAUCAGAUCUCUAUUUUAGCUCUCUUUAGUUGUCUUAUCGUUUCGGGGGAAAGAGUUUCGUUUUGCAGCGGCGAACGAUCCCACUCAUCGGGGGGAGGUUAUUUGGACGACGCUGUAAGACAGUUCCUACCAGCUCCUGACGCCGGACCAUCCACAGCUAGCCCUGCAUUAGACCAGCAUACACCCGGGGAGUUGCUUCCUUCGUUAGCAUCAUCAGAUGAAGAACUUUUCAGUCGUCUAAUGAUGGACGAGGUAACCUCGCAACCCACUGGGGUAAUGGAUCAAGCUGGCCCUUCACACCUAUACAACAAGAUUGAGGCGGUGUCGGGUGGAGUGUUACAGGCGAUGGAUACAACAAUCGACCUUGUGUAUCCGGAAGCAGAGUUCAACGACCCUGUGUAUCAGGCUGUAGAUGCUAUAAAUAACGCCUGCGACCAAGAGCAGGAGCGCAUUGUCGCAAAGACACGCGCUCUAUUGGCGCAGAAGAAUCUCGCUCUUUUUGAUCCACAGGACGUCAACAUUGCGGUUGACAAUGCGAUGACCAAUGAACGAACGGUAGACAUCGAUUCACGUCUCUCCCGUUUCCGUGACCUACGCCGCUACUUGGGCACGAGGAAUUGUACCCUGUGGCCUGAGAUCGUGAAAGAGCUUCGGGAGUUGGGCAAUCACCAUGUCCACGAGUAAGAUUAGAAUGAGAUAAUGCUAAUCCAUGUUCUACACGGC